GCGUUGACGGCGGCGAUGAUCUCCGCCCCCGCCGCGCUCCUCUGCCGCGCUGGCUGCCGCCUGCUGUUCCGCCCGCCCGGGCCGACCCGAACCUCCUGGGCUCGCAGAACCGUGUUCCUGAGGACAGCCUUAGCCAUGGCCACAGGAGGGAAAGGUAGCCAUUCAAACCACGCUCUCUACACUAACCGCCUGAUUCAUGAGAAGUCUCCUUACCUCCUUCAACAUGCCCACAACCCUGUUGACUGGUACCCAUGGGGUCAGGAAGCCUUUGAUAAAGCAAAGAGAGAGGAUAAGUUGAUAUUUCUAUCAGUUGGCUACUCGACCUGCCACUGGUGUCAUGUGAUGGAGCAAGAAUCCUUCCAGAAUGAAGAAAUUGGUCAGAUUCUGAAUGACAACUUUGUGUGCAUCAAGGUGGAUCGUGAGGAGCGGCCGGAUGUUGAUAAAGUUUACAUGACUUUUGUGCAGGCAACCAGCAGCGGAGGGGGCUGGCCCAUGAGCGUAUGGCUGACCCCUGACCUCAAACCGUUUGUAGGUGGGACCUAUUUCCCUCCUGAGGAUGGGAUUUACCAGGUUGGCUUCCGAACCGUUCUGCUCCGCAUCCUAGAGCAGUGGAAACGGAACAAAGCUACCCUUUUGGAAAACAGCCAGAAAAUCUUGUCCGCACUGUUAGCCCGGACCGAUAUUGGUGCCCGAGGGGAGGAAGCCCCCCCGUCCUCGAAGGAGGUGAUGACCAGAUGUUUCCAGCAACUGUCAGAGACCUACGAUGAAGAAUACGGUGGAUUCUCAGAGUCUCCCAAAUUCCCUACUCCAGUCAACUUUAAUUUCCUCUUCUCCUAUUGGGCUCUCCAUCAUCGGUCAACGUCUGAGGGAGCUCGAGCGCUUCAGAUGGCCCUGCACACGCUCAAGAUGAUGGCGUAUGGUGGGAUUCAUGAUCACAUUGCCCAGGGGUUCCAUCGCUACUCCACUGACCAGCGUUGGCACGUCCCUCACUUUGAAAAGAUGCUGUAUGAUCAGGGGCAGCUGGCAGCGGCCUACGCCAAGGCCUAUCAGAUUUCUGGUGACGAAUUAUUUGCAGACGUUGCGGCAGACCUUCUGCGCUACGUUUCCCGGGAUCUGAGUGACACGUCCGGGGGGUUUUACAGCGCGGAGGACGCAGAUUCCUACCCCACAGUCCAGUCAGAAGGGAAGCAAGAGGGGGCAUUCUGUGUGUGGACGGCUGAGGAGAUCCGGGGGCUGCUGCCAGACCCCAUUGAAGGGAUCCCAGAGAAAAAGACCACGGCGGAUGUCUUCAUGCAUCACUUUGGGGUGAAGGAGGACGGAAAUGUGAAUCCACAGAAGGACCCCCACAAUGAGCUAAAAGGGAAAAACGUCCUGAUCAUGCAGUAUUCCCUAGAACUUACAGCUGCCCGGUUUGGACUGGAGUUGGAGCAGCUGAAGACGCUGCUUGCUCACAGCAGGGAGCAGCUGUAUAAGGCCCGGGCUCAUCGGCCCCGGCCCCAUCUGGACACCAAGAUGUUGGCGUCCUGGAACGGCCUGAUGAUCUCUGGCUUUGCUCAGAGCGGAGCCAUCUUAGGCAAGGCGGAGUACAUUGACCGGGCUGUGCGGGCAGCUCACUUCUUGCAGGACCACAUGUUUAGUGCGGACAGUGGAAAGCUGCUCAGGAGCUGCUACCGGGGCCAAGAGGACUCGGUGGACAAGAGUUCAGUUCCCAUCCACGGCUUCCUGGAGGACUACGUCUUUAUAAUCCAAGCGCUCUUCGACCUCUAUGAAGCCUCCCUGAACCCAAGCUGGUUGGAGUGGGCUGUGCAGUUGCAGCACAAGCAGGACGAGCUCUUCUGGGACCCAAAGGGCUUUGCUUAUUUCUCCACGGAGGCUGCCGACCCUUCCUUGCUCCUCCGCAUGAAGGAUGAUCAAGAUGGUGCAGAGCCCAGCCCAAACUCUAUUGCUGUCUCUAACUUGCUCCGGGCGGCCAGCUACACUGGCCACAAGGAAUGGGUGAAGAAAGCCGGGCAGAUCUUGGCUGCCUUCUCAGAGAGGCUGCUGAAAAUUCCUGUGGUCCUCCCAGAGAUGGCCCGAGCCACUGCAGCCUUCCACCUGACUCUCAAACAGGUUGUUAUCUGUGGAGACCCUACAGGAGACGACACCAAAGAGCUACUGCACUGUUAUUAUUCUACAUACACGCCUAACAGGGUGCUGAUUCUUGCUGAUGGGGAUAUGAAUGGAUUCCUGUACCAUCACCUGGGCUUCCUCUCCUCUCUGGAGAAGAAAGACGGAAAAGCCACUGCUUAUCUGUGUGAAAACUUUGCCUGCUCCUUGCCUGUCACCUCCAGCCAGGAGCUCCGCCGCAUGCUGUUGCCCUGAGCCUGGUAGCCGUUGCUUCAGUGGGCAUGAGAAGAGAGCGCCCCAAAUUUAAUGAGACCGUACUAGCCGCUUGGACCUCACAAUAAAGUCCCCUUCAGAAUA